AUGUUCAUAGCUGAGGGGAGAGAAUUGUUGUGGAUAAAGAAUGAUAAGGAAAGGGUGAGAGUUGCAUGCAGAGGUGAAAAUUGUCCAUGGCUGGCACAUCUAUCUUACAACAAGACACUGCUAUGCUUCCAGGUUAAGACUUACAAGGCUGAGCACACAUGUGCAAGAGAUCUGGGUAGUAAUGCUGCUGAUCAACACUGGAUCAGUAAGAAGAUGGAAAAGCGAAUGGAAAGUCAACCUCAUAUGACAACUAAUGAGGCAACUGAUUUUCUCAGAGAAGAGUUUAACUUAGUUGUGCAUCCGAAGAUGGUAUAUAGGGCAGUAAAGGAAGCCAAGGAAAGGCUAGUGGGAAACGAAAAAGAACAGUAUGGAAAGCUCAGGGAGUAUGGGAUGGAGAUUCUCAAGAGUAAUCCUGGGUCAACAGCAAGAAUUGAUGUGAAGCCUAUCCCUCAGUCCCUUCCUGUCUUUGACAAGAUAUACAUAUGCUUCGAGGGCUGUAAGCAAGGCUUCAAGAGUGGAUGUAGGCCUUUCAUCCAUCUAGACGGGGCCUUUCUUAAGACAUACCAUGGAGGCCAGUUACUAUCAGCAGUGGCACAGGAUGCCAACAAUCAGUUCUAUGUUGUGGCAUUUGCUGUUGCAAGAUCUGAGACGAAGGAGUCAUGGAAAUGGUUCCUGACACUACUUCAGGAAGACCUGGGUGAUGCCUCCCAAUUCGGUUGGAACUUUAUGUCCGACCAGCAAAAGCAUAUAACAUGUCUAGAUGUUGGUGUUUAUUGA